CUGCUCUCUGAGAGCAGUGUGCGCUUGGGAGCCCGGGGAGGGCAGGUGGUGGGGGAGACACAGAGAAAGUUUACCCGUCUGCUGCGGCUCUCCGCUCGGCCUCCUCUCUAUAGUUUCUGUGGCUGCGGUUUUCUGAUCAGAAUGAGCAUGUACAGUUCUCAUAAUGAGCUCAACGUGGACCGCAGGGCCGGCUCCAAAGGCGACCUGGCCGGCGCAGGGAACUACAAUUACGCACGGAGCGACAUCGUGCACGGAGGCGGAGGCGGUCAGGGAUACGAGGUGUACGGGGACGGAUACCGAACCUACAAUUUUACGAGGACCAAUACAAUGGCAGGCGGCAUGAUGAGGGGCAUGGGAGGUGGUACGAUGAGCGGCAUGGGAGGCGGCGGCAUGAUGAGCGGAACGAUGAGCGGCAUGGGAGGCGGCGGCAUGGUGAGCGGAACGAUGAGCGGCAUGGGAGGCGGCGGCAUGGUGAGCGACAUGGGAGGCGGCAUGAUGAGCGGAAUGGGAGGCGGAACCAUGACCGCAAUGAGGAGAGGAACAGUGAGAAUGGGUGGCUCCAACAUCACCGCCAUCAACCAGAGGGCUGCCAUCCUGCAGAGCCAGUGCAACGAGUACCUGAAGAAAGCCGAAGCCUCCAUUCAGUCGGGAAGUUCACCUGGUGAAGCCGAGCACAACAUGAUGUUGGCGAAAGAAUCCAUCGACAAGCUGAAGAGCUGUGCAAUGGACCUGAGACAAAUAGGACAACCCAAUGAAAACGUUAUCAGAAGUUUAGAGAUGUACAAUGACCAGCUGAAGGGCGUCCACAUGGCCAUCAAUGGCACCAUGCAGAGGAGGAGGAGCACCAGGGGGAGCUCUGGGGGGUGGGAGGAACCUGGAAGGAGCUUCCACGAUGCCAUAGCCUGGAUUGGGCAGCAGAAGCGUCUGAUUGAGACGUCGACGUGGGGAGAAGAUCCUGAGGCCAUCGAGCAGCAGCUCACCAGCCACCUGAGGUUUCAGAGCUCCAUCCAGAGCAGCCCCGAGAUGGACCGAGCCAGAAGCGACCUGCUCAAGAAAGGAGACAGAGGAAAUGUACACGCUCUGGAGCAGGAGUGGAACAGCCUGCAGCAAAUGUCAUGCAGUCGGGCCGAGCAGCUGAAAGACCUCCAGCUGAUCCUCAAGGAACUCUCCAGUGAGAUCAUGUGGGUGAACGACAAGGAGGAAGAGGAGCUGGUGUUUGACUGGGGAGACAAGAACAUCGACCAGUACAUCCCCAAGAAGCAGGAGAGCUACUCGAAACUGAUGAGCACCCUGGAGGUAAAAGAGAAGCACCUGAAUAAACUGAGAGCCAAAGUGGACACCCUCCUGAAGAACAACCACCCGGCUUCAGACAAGAUCGAGGCCUACAGGGACACGCUGCAGACUCAGUGGAGCUGGCUGCUUCAGAUUACAAAGUGCAUCGACGUUCAUCUUAAGGAAAACGGUGCUUACAGCCAGUUCUUCAAGGAAGCCAGUGAGACGUACAGCAACAUGCAAAAGGAACACGAGGUGGUUCGUAAGUCGUUCAUCUGCAACAAGGAGUCUCCUCUGGAGGAGCUGCUGGAGCUUCUCAAAGGCCUGGAGAGGGAAAAGGACAAGAUUAAAGACAUCAGUCAGCAGGUGAAGCACCUGGUCAGCAAGUCAAAGAGCAUCGUGAGACUGAAGCCCAGAAACCCCGAGGACAAGAGCAGCACCGGCGUCAUCGUUGUCAGGGCUCUGUGUGAAUUCAAACAAGACCAGAAGACGAUCUGUAAGGGCGACGAAGCCAUCCUCAAGGACAACAGCCAGCGGAGUAAGUGGCAUGUGACCGGCCCGGGUGGACUGGACAUGUUGGUGCCCUCUGUGUGCCUGAUCAUACCCCCUCCCAACCCGCUCAGCAUCAACAUCGCCAAGAAGAACGAGCAGUACUACGAGUCCAUCCUCUCCAUCUGGAAUCAGCUGUACAUCAACGUAAAGAGCCUCAUCGCCUGGCAGUACUGUCUCAUAGACAUCAAGCAAAUCAACUCCCUCACCAUCACCAUGUUGGCCAAGAUGCGUCCUGAGGAGUACCGUCAAAUCAUCAAGGACCUGCAGGCUCACUAUGAGGAGUUCAAAGUGAGCAGCCACGGCUCCGAGAUGUUUGUUGAUGACGACAAGAGGAACAUUGAGACCCAGUUCACUGGAGCCCAGGCCCACUACAACCAGCUGGUGGUGCAGUUGCCUGCUUACAUUGCACAGCAGGCGCAAAUGGAAAACCAGCAAGUUGAGCAACAGUGGCAGCAGCAGCAGGUGAUUAUAAUUCAGCAGCAGCAGCAACAACAAGCCGCAGCAGAAGAAGAAGCGAGGAGGGUGGAAGAAGAAAAACGGAGAGUGGAGCUCAAAAAGCAGGCGGAGAGGAAAGCGGAAGCGAAAAAAGAGGUGGCGACUAAGGAGCAGACGAUCAAGAAGGAAGCAGGGAAAGUGACCAGGACGGAGGUGGUGAAGAGGAAGGUGGUCGUGACCUCGUCCCAUAGUUUGUCAGAGCUGCACGCGCUCAGACUGAGGCUGGAGGCCGCUGAGGGCACGCUGAUUCAGCACGUCCAUAUCUGCGUCGGAGAAAAUGGGGUGCGGGACUGUGGCCUCAAGAUCCAAGAGUUAGAGACGGUGCAGGGUGAUAUUGACUCGAUGCGUGCCGAGUACCUGCGUUUGAGGGAGAAUAUUUUGAAGGAGCUGGAAGGCAUGACCGAUUCAGACAAGGCUCAGUUCCUCCGCAGCGAGAUCACAAUCAUCAACCAGAGACUGGGAAGUCUGGAGAGCAGCUCGUCGGCUUUCAUACACCGGCUGCGGGCCCUAAGAGACAUGAUGGAGAGCGUGGCACGAGCUGAGGACAUUGUGAAAGUUCACGAGGCGAGGCUGACAGAAAAAGAGACCACGUCUCUGUCCCCCAGUGAAGUCGAGGAAUAUAUAUCCACCCUGCAGAGCAUUAAGGCAGAGCUGAACCAGAAGAGAGACAUUCUGGCCUCCAUGGAGACGGAGCUGGCCAAGGCGUGCCACUGGAACAGCCAGCUGGCCGCAGCCUUCCACAGGUGUGACAUGAUGCUGUCAAAAUACACCGAGCAGGUGGGCGUCCUGUCAGACCGCUGGAGACGAAUCGAUGGACAGAUUGACACCAGACUCCAGGACCUGCAGUUGUAUCUGCCUCAACUGCAGCACUACAAGCAAACCAGCACCUCUCUCCUUGAGUGGAUUGACGCCACACGGAAAAAACAAGACGCCCUGCAGGCCACCAAGAUAGACAGCGUCCAAGCCCUGAAAGACCACAUCAACGAACAGAAGGCCCUGAACACAGAAAUCAAAGCAAGGAGGGAGACAGUAGAGAGCGUGCUGAGAGACAAUGAGACCUGUGUGAACGCUAUCAAGGACUAUGAAACAGACCUUGCCUCAUACACCUCUGGUUUAGAAACAUUGCUCAACGUCCCCUUCAAGAGGACAAUGCUGAGUUCCCCAUCAAUGGAUCUGAAUCAGGAGGCUACUCAACUACAAACUCGCUACAUGGAGCUGUUCACCUUGUCUGGUGACUACAGCAAAUACUUGGGAGAGUUGCUCAAAAACAUGGAGGAGCUCAAGAUACGUAACACCCGUAUUGAACUGCUGGAAGAAGAACUUCGCCUGCUGAGGGAGGACAUCCAAGACCGCGACGCCAAGAACAAAUCACUGGAAGAUGCUGUUGCUCGUUACCGGCUGGAGCUGUGCUCGUCCCAGGAACAGCUGCUUUCGAUGGAGGAGGUGAAGCAAAACACGGCAAUGCAGUGCAGCGCCACCAAGGACAGCCUGGACACCACUCAGAGCGAGCUGGCAGACCUCAAAGAUCAGGUGACACGCCUCAACUACAUGCUGGAUGAAGAGAAGAGGAAGAGGAAGCUGGCGGAAGAGCGCUAUACCCAGCAGCAACAGGAGUAUGAAUCAGUGCUGAAGAAGAGGCAGGCCGAGCUGGAGACACUCAGCUGGGCCAAGGUGGAUGUUGAGAAAACUGUGUCAAAUAAGGAGCAGGAGAUUGAACAGUUGCGGCGGCAGCUGGCUGAGGAAGCGGCAAAGAUCAAGGAUCUACAGAAGGAGUUGUCAAAGGUAAGGAGCCAAUGCAGUAUGGAAAUAAAUAACAUAAAGCUCAGCUACGAGUCGCAGAUCCAUGCCAGUCGCACAGAAAUGCAGCGGUUGGGUGCCCAGAGGGACGAGGAUACAGCUGAGCUCCAGCUGCAGUAUGACAGGAUGGAGGCAGAGAGGAGGAAUCUGGAGGAGGAGGUCAGGAGGCUUGGGAUCACUAUCACCCAGGCUGAAGAGCAAAAGAAGAGGGCAGAGGAGGAAGCUCAAAGUCAGCGGGCUGUGAUCAUAGAGGAAGGGCGCAGGAGGAGAGACCUGGAAAGCCAGAUGGAGUUGCUGAUGAGGCAGAGAGAGGAAGAAAACAACCAAUAUAGAGAAGAGCUAGCUGAGGCUAUGAAGAGCCUGCAGGAGAAGAGCGAUCAGCUGGUGUACAUCAGACACACUCUAGAAGAGGAGACCCGCCGGAGAGUAACCACGGAAGAAGGGCAUGGUGUGCUCGAACAGUCUCUGGCCCAGCUUCAGGUGAAGCUGACGAAUUCUGCCGUUGUUGCGACCCAGCUGAGGGAGUGUGAGGAAGAGCUUGACAAAAUGCGUAAGGAUCUGCAGAGAGAGAGCAGAGAGCGAUGCCGAGUAGAACAAAACAUGAACAAGUUACAAGCACGGAUUAAGGACCUCCAGGCUAUAAGAGAUGCCCUGGAGAGUCAGGUGGAAAAUUUGAGGAAAUCUAACCAAGACGAAGUGGCCAGAAGACGACAGGUGGAAGCAGAGCUGGAAAAGACCACUUUGACCUUAACGGAGUACACCAGCACAGUCACUGCACUACGCCAAAGCCAAGAACAUACCAGCAAAUCGGAAAAGAGAGGCGAAGAAGAACGUCUUAGGUUGCAGGAGGAGCUACAGAGAAGCUUGACACAAAACAAGUCUUCUACAGAGCGCAUUACACAGCUGAGCAUGGAGCUGAAAGCUAUGCAGCAACAACUUCUCCAGGAGCAGGUUCAAGUCAAAGAAGCAAACCUCAGGAAUGAAGGUCUUUACAAAACUAUUGAGGAAAAGAGUAAAGCACUAAAUGAGAAUUCUGUUGAGCUUCAAAGGCUGAAGGAGACGAUAGAAACUCAAACCAAAGAGCGUCUGAGGCUGGAGGAGGAGCUCAGGGCAGCGCGGCACGACAAACAGGAACUCUUGAGAUCUAAACAAGUUAGUGAUGAUGAGCUCUCCUCGCAGAUUACUGCACUGGAGCUGCAGCUGCAGUCCAGCCAGCGCAGUGUUGCCGAUUACCGCAACCUGCUGUCAGAGCUCUCCUCUGAGAGGGAAAAGCUCAAGUUGGAGACUGAGAAAAUAUACAAGCAAGCCUCCGAGACAAAAACCAUGAUGCUGUCCAUUCAGUCCCAGUACAACGAGGUUGUAAGUGAGAAAGAAAGUCUGCUGCUGAAAUUGCAGUUGGCUGAAAAGGACAAAGAGCACAUCAGCAAACUAGAGGAAGAACUCAGUCGCAUUAAACUCUCCCAAGAGUCUGAGCUUCGCAAUAAGCAGCGACUGCAGGAGGAGAAUGAGAGGGUGAAGAGGGAUUUAAGUUACUGGAAAGAUCAAUGUGAAAGUAAACAGGGCAUGAUCAGGCAGUAUGACACAGACAAGGAGACUCUGGAGAGGGAAAAGAAUAAUUUGAAAAGUGAGAUAGAGAGACUGAUGAGGGAACUCAGGGAGCUGGAGGAGACCUACAAAAGUAGGCUGUCAGUCGUCCAGAGAGAACUGCAAGAGAUGACCAUUGUCAGACAAACCUUAGAGACUGAGCUGAAGAAAGCUAAAGAGCCCCCAACCUUGAAUGCUUCCACUUUGAUUUUUGAUGGAGUCCGUAAGCCAGUCACAGCAAACCAGUUGCUUGAUUGUGGUGUUUUGGACAAACCAACAUUCAGCCAGCUUGUGAAGGGACAAAAGACUGUCCCUGAAGUGUCUGUUGACAAAAAAGUCAAUCUAAAGGGCACAGGCCCAAUAGCUGGGGUUUUCAUUGAAGUUCCAAAAAGUCCAGGCUUCAUUACUGGACCCCUUCACAAACUAACUUUCACCGAAGCCAAGAAAGAGAAUCUGCUCCCGCCAGAUAGCGUUGACUUGCUGUUGGAUGCUCAAGCUGCUACAGGCCACAUCAUUGACCCCAGAACCAACCGGAAGUUGACUGUUGAUGAGGCAUGUGAUCAAGGUGUGAUUGAUGAUGAAGACAGAGAGCGGCUGCUAGCAGCAGAAGCUGCCGCGGUAGGAUACAGUGGUCCGGACUCCAGCAAACCUCUCUCAGUAUUUCAGGCCAUGAAGAUGGGCCUGAUUGACAAGAACACAACACUGCGAGUGUUACAGGCUCAGGAGUCUGUGGGGGGCAUUCUAGAUCCCAUACUCAGUGUCUUCCUUCCCAAAGAUACAGCCAUCGAGCGUGAUCUAAUUGAUGAAAGCAUUUGUCAAGCUUUGACUAAGAGGCCACCACUCUACUUGGACCCAGAAAAUGAAGAAGGUGUAACCUAUAUGGCAAUGAAGAGGAGAUGUAAAGUAGAUCCACAAACGGGCCUUCUGCUUCUUCCUGUCCCUGAGAAGGCAGAUCCCUCCAAACUUGUCUUUGAUGGUGUUCGGAAACCUGUCACAGCCAAGCAGCUGCUCGAUUGUGGUGUUCUGGACAAGCCAACAUUUAAGGAUUUGGAAAAGGGAAAGAAAACUGUCCCAGAGGUGUCUGUCGACAAAAAUGUCAGUCUCAAGGGGACUGGGCCCAUCGCUGGGGUUGUAGUUGGGAGUCGAGGCAAGAUGUCUUUGUCAGAAGCCAAGAAACAAUUGCUGCUGCCAGAAGAUAGUGCUGAUUUGCUGCUGGAAGCCCAGGCAGCCACAGGUCACAUCAUUGACCCAAGAACAAGUCAGAAAUUGACGGUCGAGGAGGCAUGUGCUAAAGGGGUGGUGGAUAUUAGUGAUCGUGACAGAUUGUUGUCUGCAGAGGCUGCUGCUGUGGGCUACAAGGAUCCUAAUGUAGCCAAGCCUCUUUCGGUAUUUGAGGCCAUUAAAAAGGGAUUAAUUGACAAGAAGACUGGGGUACGUCUGCUGCAGGCCCAGGAGUCAGUGGGAGGAAUUCUAGACCCUAAUCUCAGUGUGUUCCUUCCUAAAGAGACAGCUAUAAAGCGCAACCUGUUAGAUGAAGAACUCCAUCGUGUUCUAAAUCAGAGUCCUAAAUGUUACCUUGACCCAGAAACUGAGAAUGAUGCAAGCUAUGAAGCUUUGAAGAAAAAAUGUAAAAUUGAACCUCAUUCAGGUCUCCUACUUUUGCCAAUCUCUGAGAGGCUAGAUCCUUCAAAAUUGAUCUUUGAUGGUGUGCGUAAGCCAGUAACGGCAAAGCAACUGCUUGAUUGUGGGGUCCUGGAUAAACCAACAUUCAACCAACUAAUUAAGGGGGAAAAAACUGUCCCAGAAUUGUCUGUGGAUAAAAGGGUCUUCCUUAAGGGUACAGGAUCAAUUGCUGGUGUUGCAGCUGGACCUUUAGGCAAAAUGUCUCUAUCAGAAGCAAAGAAACAGAUGCUCAUGCCCCCAGAUAGUGCUGAUUUGCUACUGGACGCCCAGGCUGCCACAGGUCACAUCAUCGACCCCAAAUCUAACCAGAAGCUGACAGUAGAGGAAGCAUGUUCCAUGGGGGUGGUGGACAAUAGGGACAAAGGUAAACUCUUAGCAGCAGAAGCUGCUGCUGUGGGCUAUAAGGAUCCCAGCUCAACCAAGCCUCUUUCAGUUUUUGAGGCAAUGAAGAAGGGAUUAGUUGACAAAAAAACUGGACUACGUCUGCUGCAAGCCCAGGAGUCUGCUGGAGGUAUUUUGGAUCCCAACCUCAGCGUAUUCCUCCCUAGAAAGACAGCUAUGAAGCGCAACCUUCUGGAUGAAGACCUGUGUCGUGCACUAAAUCAGAGUCCGAAGUGUUAUCUUGAUCCAGACACUGAGUGUGAUGCCAGCUAUGGGGAUUUAAAGAAAAGGUGCAAAACAGAGUCACACACUGGCCUUAUUCUUCUACCAAUCACUGAGAGAAAAGACCCUUCCAAACUCAUGUUUGAUGGUGUCCGUAAGCCGGUUUCAGCACAGCAGUUGUUUGAUUGUGGUGUCCUUGACAAGCCAACAUUUGACCAACUCGUGAAAGGGGAGAAAACUGUUCCAGUGGUUUCCAUGGAAAAUAAGGCAUCUCUGAAAGGCACUGGGCCCAUUGCUGGGGUUGUAGCAGGACGUCAGGGAAAAAUGUCUUUGUCAGAAGCCAAGAAACAGAAGUUGUUGCCUGAAGACAGUGCUAAUUUGCUACUGGAAGCCCAGGCAGCCACUGGUUACAUCAUUGACCCUAAAAAUGAUCAGAAGCUGACAGUAGAAGAAGCAUGCACCAAAGGAGUAGUGGAUAUUAGAGAUCGAGACAGAUUAUUGGCAGCAGAAGCUGCUGCUGUGGGCUAUAAGGAUUCUCACUCAACCAAGCUUCUUUCAGUGUUUGAGGCAUUGAAGAAGGGAUUUAUAGACAGAAAGACUGGACUACGUCUGCUGCAAGCCCAGGAGUCUGCUGGAGGUAUUUUGGAUCCCAACCUCAGCGUAUUCCUCCCUAGAGAGACAGCUAUGAAGAGCAACCUUCUGGAUGAAGACCUGUGUCGUGCACUAAAUCAGGGUCCGAAGUGUUAUCUUGAUCCAGACACUGAGCGUGAUGCCAGCUAUGGGGAUUUAAAGAAAAGGUGCAAAACAGAGUCACACACUGGCCUAAUUCUUCUACCAAUCACUGAGAGAAAAGACCCUUCCAAACUGAUGUUUGAUGGUGUCCGUAAACAGGUUUCAGCACAGCAGUUGUUUGAUUGUGGUGUCCUUGACAAGCAAACAUUUGACCAACUCGUGAAAGGGGAGAAAACUGUCCCAGUGGUUUCCAUGGAAAAUAAGGCAUGUCUGAAAGGAACUGGGCCCAUUGCUGGGGUUGUAGCAGGACGUCAGGGAAAAAUGUCUUUGUCAGAAGCCAAGAAACAGAAGUUGUUGCCUGAAGACAGUGCUAAUUUGCUACUGGAAGCCCAGGCAGCCACUGGUUACAUCAUUGACCCUAAAAAUGAUCAGAAGCUGACAGUAGAAGAAGCAUGUGCCAAAGGAGUAUUGGAUAUUAGUGAUCGAGACAGAUUAUUAGCAGCAGAAGCUGCUGCUGUGGGCUAUAAGGAUUCUCGCUCAACCAAGCCUCUUUCAGUGUUUGAGGCAAUGAAGAAGGGAAAAAUUGACAAAAAGACUGGACUACGUCUGCUGCAAGCCCAGGAGUCUGUUGGGGGUAUUUUGGAUCCCAACCUCGGUGUGUUCCUCCCUAGAGAGACAGCUAUAAAGCGCAACCUUCUGGAUGAAGACCUCUGUUCUGCUCUAAACCAGAGGCCUGCUUGUUACCUUGAUCCAGAAACAGAGGGUAACAUCAGCUAUGGGGCUUUGAAGGAAAGAUGCAAGACAGAGCCUCACACGGGCCAAAAGAUUUUGCCACUGUCCGAUAGGAUUGACCCCUCCAAAUUGGUCUUUGAUGGUGUACGUAAGACAGUUACAGCACAGCAGUUGCUUGAUUGUGGGGUUCUAGACCAGUCAACAUUAAGCCAACUGGUAAAGGGAGAGAAAACUGUCUCAGAGGUGUCUGUGGAUAAGAAAGUCUUUCUGAGAGGUACUGGGCCAAUUGCUGGUGUUGCAGCUGGGCCAUUAAGUAAAAUGUCCUUUACAGAGGCAAAGAAAAAGAAGAUUAUGUCAGCUGAGUGUGCUUCCAUGCUAUUGAUAGCUCAAGCAGCCACAGGCCAUAUCAUUGACCCCAGAAAUAAUCAGAAACUGACAGUAAAAGAAGCAUGUGCCAGAGGAGUAGUGGAUAAGGAGGAUGAAUCAAAGCUAUUUGCUGCUGAAUCUGCAGCUAUAGGCUAUAGAGUCCCCAAUACUGCUAGACUCCUGUCAGCCGGUGAAGCCAUGAAGAAGGGAUUAAUUGACAAAGACACGGCACUAUGUGUACUCCAGGCUCAAGAGGCCGUAGGGGGGAUUUUGGACCCUGGACUCAGUGUAUUCCUACCCAGGGACACUGCUAUGGAUCGGAAUCUCAUAGAUAAAGACCUAUACCAGGCAUUGAAUCAGUGUCCUGAGUGUUAUUUUGACCCAGACACCCAACAAGCAACUACGUACGUGUCCCUGAAGAAGAGAUGUAAAGCUGAUCCUAGCACAGGUCUUUUACUUCUCCCUGAACCGAAGAAGCCAUUGACUGUCCAGGGGCUUAGGGGCGAGGUGUCGGUCAUGGAUCUUGUGGAUGCAAACCUGCUGCAACGAUCUGAUAUGGAUAAACUCAGAACAGGUAGACUGACAAGCAAAGACAUUGAGGACCGCCUGCACUCUUACUUGAGAGGUUCCACUUGCAUAGCAGGAGUUUAUGAUGAGGCCAACGAUAAGGUCUUACCAAUCUAUCAGGCCAUGAAACAUGGAGUGUUGCGAUCUGAGACCACUCUGGAGCUGCUUGAGGCCCAGGCUGCCUCGGGUUUCAUCAUUGAUCCUGUCAAUAACCUCUAUCUCACUGUCAGUGAUGCCUACAGUAGAGGGCUGUUUGGGCCGGAGUUUAAGGACAAGCUGCUUUCAGCAGAAAAGGCUGUGACUGGUUACACAUUACCUGGUACAGACAAGAUUAUCUCCCUCUUUGAGGCCAUAGAGAGAGGUUUAGUGGAGAAAGGUCAUGGUAUCCGUCUGCUUGAGGCCCAGAUUGCCAGUGGUGGCAUCAUUGAUCCUGAACACAGCCACCGCAUUGAAGUGGAAUUCGCUUACAAGAAAGGUUACUUUGAUGAGAAAAUGAACAAGAUUCUGACCGAUGAGGAUGAUGACACAAAAGGUUUCUUUGACCCUAACACACAGGAAAACUUAACCUAUUUGGAACUUAAGAAACGCUGCAUCACAGACAAAAAGACUGGCCUUAUCCUUUUGCCGAUCGUGGACAAGAAAAAACAAGAGUCAAAACAAAAGAAUACUCUCAGAAAGCGGAGAGUAGUAAUUGUGGACCCAGAGACUAAUAAAGAGAUGACAGUACGUGAAGCAUAUGACAAAGGGUACAUUGACUAUGAGACCUUCCUGGAGCUGUCCGAACAGGAGUGUGAGUGGGAAGAGAUCACUAUCACUUCUCCAGAUGGUUCCGUGGGGUUGUUUAUCAUUGACAGGAAAACUGACCGACAGUAUGACAUCAACGAGUUGCUUGCAAAGCGGGUAAUUGAUGAAUCUAUCCUCCAGAAGUACCGCUCAAGAGUCAUCACACUUACUGAAUUUGCCGAUAUCAUCACCAGCAAAGCCAAACAUGGAUCAACACUAGUAUCAUCAUCAUCGUCAGCAACUUCAGGACCAUCAGCCAACUCAGGCAAAAUGUCAGUGACAUCAUCAUCAACAUCAACUUCAAGAACAGCAACAUCUUUGGCUAAAUCUUCCAAGACAUCAACAUCAAGAACAUCAAAGACCUCAGUUAAGUCAACAUCAGCUUCAAGAACAGCAGCAUCUUUGGAUGCAUCUUCAGCUACAUCAGCUUCAAGAACAGCAGCAUCUUUGGAUGCAUCUUCAGCUACAUCAGCUUUAAAAACAUUAGAAAUCUCAGUUCCAGCAACACGGACGUCAUCGUCGUCGUCGUCCUCCUCCUCCUCCUCCUCCUCCUCCUCUUCCUCCUCCUCCUCGUCCUCCUCCUCAUCAUCAUCAGCAGCAGUAGCAACAGCAGCAGCAGCAUCAGCUGUGUCAAGAUCCUUAUCACCUGGUCUCAGCAAGAUGACCACAACAAGAACUACCACUGUCUCACAGCGAAGCACCACAAUCAGCAGUGUUGCUCAGGACUCCAGUGACUCCCUCAAGCAUAUAUCCAGCAUAUCCAUCGCUCUGGUUUCUCCUGUUGACACAGUGGGUGAACACCAACCUGUGGGUGCCAUUUUUGACACAGACACUGUGGAGAAGAUAUCCAUCACAGAAGCUUUAGAGCGUGGUCUUGUGGACUCCAUCACUGCUCAGAGACUGCUUGAGGCUCAAGCCUGCACUGGAGGAAUUGUCAAUCCCGCUAAUGGCCAAAGGCUCAGCAUCCAGGAGGCUUCCCGUAUGGGCAUAAUAAAUGAUGACAUGGCUGUCAAGCUUAAACCUGCCCAGAAAGCCUUUAUUGGUUUUGAGGAUGUAAAAACCAAAAGGAAGAUGUCAGUUUCUGAGGCCAUGAAGGAGAUGUGGCUGCCUUAUGAGGCAGGUCAGAGAUUCAUGGAGUUCCAGGCUGUAACGGGGGGGCUUUGUGACCCAGAAUUGGGCUGUAGAAGAACCAUACAAGAUGCUUUAAAAGUGGGCUGGCUGGAUGGAAGAACAGCCCAGAAGCUCGAAGACGUCAAACACCACAUGAAGAAUCUAACAUGCCCCAAAAGCAAACUUAGAAUCUCUUACAAAGAGGCUCUGGAUAACUGCCUGGUGGAGGAUGGCACUGGAGUGAAUAUGCUGCAGGCCUCAUCUAUAUCUUCCAGAGGAAUCAGCAGUCCAUACAAUGUUGCCUCUGCCCCAGGAUCCACCACAGGCUCCAGGAGUGGCUCACGACGAGGGUCUCGCAGGGGAAGUUUGGACCUUGGCUCCUUUGGAUCCCCAUCUUUUAGUCGCCACAGCCUUAGUAGCUUCACCACCUACUCCUCCACUAAAUAAAUCAAGAAAAAGAAAAGAUUAAAAUAUGUUCAUGUUUAGCUAAAGAACUAGGGAAAAUGUGUGUGGGUAGAAAAUUCAAAUAUGGUUUUAGAUUGAUGCUUUGGUGAUGCUGUGCUUUAAAAAAAUGCUUUAAUUCAAUAUACCAUGGAACACUACUGAGCCUUUUUUUUUUAAACGGAUCAAAGUAUUAAUGGCAACCAUCUUAAAGUAUUUGGAUUGAAAAUAAAGUUUAUACUAUAAUUGUUGGUGUCCCCUAUAGGCUUGGAAAUCAUAUGCCAUAUUUUUCUUAGCAAAAAUCAAAUAUAUUUUUGAAAAACUUUUUAAAAUCUAAUUUCUUUAUGCAUGUCAUUGCAAACCUGAAGAUAUUGUCUGGGUGGGAAAAAGUUGGAUGGCAUAUAUUUGCUUAACCGCUGUUAAGGGAUUUUAAGGGUUUGUAAUCAUUUGUUAACCAUUAGUUGCUUUCUGUUUAGUACUCUCCGCAGUUUUUCACUAACUCCAAAUAAAAACUGAGUGACUUUUUUUUGCUCACGUUGA